CAAUCUUUUAGACCCCAUUGAUUACUCGUACCCAUUCAAAAAACCCUCCACGCAGGACUGGCAUCACAGCCGUGCCAACUCUGAAAACCCCACGGCUGCAUUAACUGGAGCUGCGGGCGGCCCCAUCACUAGUACCUUUGAACCGGGAGUCGAUGGGUACGGUGAAGACCGUCAGCCCACCGACCCCUCGAAUUCUUCAAACCUGGCCUCCAAUGCGCAAGGCUUACGAUUCUCCCGGAGCAAUUCGUAUCCGGUGCGACCACAUACACCUCCUUUAGGGACUCGAUUGAAUCCACAAAAAGCAUCAACGGCGGAGGAGUCACCGGGGAAGGAUGACAGUCGACAGCAGCGACUUCAUGCGGCCUGGCGAAAUAGUGGUGGCUCAGAUGCCUUUAACAGCUUUCUAGAGAUGGACAACGGAAUGGAAGGGCCAGCUAGCGCUCCCUCGAGUCCGGAAAGCAAAGAAAAGACAUUGAGCGAAGGAUCUUCCAAUGGAUCCUCGAAUGAUGCCGGAUUCACGUUCGAUGAACUCGUUGAUCGCCUUGUUGCACAACCAAUGUCGAAGCAGGACUCCAAAUUCGCGUCUAUAUUCCUCUGCCUUUAUCGCAAGUUUGCCGCACCGUCCACUUUAUUGAAUGCACUUAUCAACCGCUUUGAACGGAACGAGAAGAAUUUUACCGAUCAACUGACUCGCAUUGCGGACCAGCUGAGGUUACUCAAUAUUAUGUCCACCUGGGUAUCGGAGUAUCCAGGCGACCUAGCCUACCCUAAGACCCGCAAGCGGAUUACAGAUUUUGUGUCUACUCUGGAAAAGAGUCACUUUUACAUGUUUGCCGCAAAGGAGGUUGGGUCCUAUCUCGAGAAUAAUGCAGAAGAUGAUGAUGUAGGCUGGCCAUUCAGAGAUGGCGACGUUGAUGAAUUUGACGGGCACGAGACUUUCCUUAACAACUCCGGUCGGAGCUCACCAUCCUUAUUCCUUGGCGGAUCGACGAUGGACGAAGGCGAGGAGCACGAAGAGGAAGAAGACCCUAUAUACAACAUGAGUGCGUUAGAUCUUAGUGAAGGCGCGCCAGACCCAUCUUCGAAGCUUUCGAACUCGGCCACCUUCGAGAAACCCGGCACCGUGUCGAACCAGUCGUUCACAUUUUUGAGCAUGGAAGCUGCACAGAAGGAAUCUCAAAAUCUGGAACUUACCCCUCGGCUAUCAUUGUCAAAAAUGCAAUGGCGACAAUUCAUCGAAAUACCUGAUGAAGAUUUCGCGCGCGAAUUAACCCGGAUUGACUGGAUCAUGUUCAACUCGUUCCGGCCACGGGAUCUUGUGCGGCAUGUCAGUAUUUCUGGGCCGGACAAAGACAAGAUAAAGAGUUUAAAGCAUGUCAAUCGGAUGAUCAAACAGUUCAAUCAUCUAGCAUUUUUCGUUGCUAGCGUUAUCCUCUUCCGAGACAAGCCUAAGCACCGAGCGAAGGCAUUGGAAAAGUUCAUGAACGUUGCACAAAAACUGCGUCGAUUAAAUAACUAUAAUUCUCUCGGUGCAGUAAUCGCCGGAAUCAACGGAACACCCGUGCAUCGACUGUCGCAGACGCGCGAUUCCGUGCCUGUUCAAACGCAAAAAGAUUUCAUGAGGCUGGUUAUCCUCAUGGGGACACAAAAGAGUCACUUUGCAUAUCGCCUAGCAUGGGACAAUACCUUCUCAGAAAGGAUCCCAUUCCUCCCACUGCAUCGGCGAGAUCUGGUCUCCGCUGAAGAGGGGAACAGAACGUUUAUAGGAGAAAACAAGUCUAGGAUCAACUGGCGGAAAUUUGAGGUGAUGGGGGAGGUUGUAUUGGGUAUUCAGCGCAGCCAGAAGACACCUUAUCCUCAUCUACAAAGGUAUGAGGACGCAGCCAGACUGGUACUUGAUGUCAAACUAUCGGGUGACGAUGAGGAUUUGUAUGCACGCAGUUCCCAGGUCGAGCCAUCUGCUGGCGGCGAGACGGGACGCAAAAAGUUCGGCUGGUUACGGUCGUAAAAGGGCAUGAUGGAAGAUUCCUCUUUUCUCAAAU